UAUAUAUAUAUAUAUAUAUAUAUAUAUAAAAUAAAUUAAACAUUACAGUCUAUAAAACGGGAGUUUCAUGAUUAACGGUUACAUGUGGAGAUUUUGUACUAGUUAAUGGUGACGGAUGAUCCGUUUAUACUGAAACAGACAGAUGAUGGAGGAUGAUGACUUUCUACUCGCUCUUCGUUUACAAGAGCAGUUUGAUAAUGAGACAUCGGCUCCUGCGUGGACUGAUGAUGACUAUCCGUCCAGUAAAAAGCGAAAGAUUGAUUCCCAUGAUCUGAUGGAUGUUAUUUCACACUCUCGGUCCAGACCAGAGAAACCGAUGUCCGUCGUGGAUGGGUCGUGGGAGAUGCUCGACCCCAAUCCGGACGUGAGAGCCAUGUUCCUACAGUUUAAUGACAUGUUCUUCUGGGGAAAACUCAGCGGUGUGGAGGUGAAGUGGAGUGCACGGAUGACACUAUGUGCUGGGGUGUGCUCUUAUGAAGGAAGAGGAGGCCUGUGCUCUAUUCGACUCAGUGAACCACUAUUAAAGCUCAGACCCCGAAAAGAUCUUGUGGAGACUCUUCUACAUGAAAUGAUCCAUGCUCUUCUUUUCGUGACUCAAAACAACAGAGAUCGAGAUGGCCAUGGACCAGAAUUCUGCAAACACAUGAACAGAAUCAACCAAGCAAGCGGUACCAACAUCACUAUAUAUCACUCUUUUCACAAUGAGGUGGAUGUGUACAGGCAGCACUGGUGGCGAUGUAACGGGCCAUGUCAGAAUCGCAGACCUUUCUUUGGAUACGUAAAGCGUGCAAUGAACAGACCUCCCUCGACAAGAGACCCUUGGUGGGCAGAGCACCAGAGGACCUGCGGUGGAACUUACACCAAAAUCAAAGAGCCAGAGAAUUAUGGCAAAACAGGCAAAAGUAAAAGGGAUGGAAAUAAAGAGAAGAAUCCUACAACUGACAACUCCAAGAAGACAAAACCUCCUAGCAGCACUACAGGCUCUGGCUCACAAGACAUUAGAAAUAUCAUUCCAUUCAGUGGGAGAGGUUUUUUACUCCGAGGGAAUAGUCAGAUAUCCACUGACAAACAACCCAGCCAGAAUCCCUUAAGUCCUUCAAGGGCACAGCCCAAUCAUCUGGUUUCUCCUCCUAGUAAUGACUCGGACUCUCCAAGACCAUGGCCCACCGAGACAAGCUUAGACAAAAGAGUCAGCUCGGGUGCAUCAAAUAUUCUCCACAAAAAAUCUAUUAGCAACACCAAUGCCUUCAUCAACAUCAAUGGCUCACCUGUGAGAAUUUCUAAAGUAAAUGGCAAUUUGAGGGCCAAGCAGAUGACAGUGCAAGAUCUCUUCCAGGCCAAAGUUCGGAAAUCUCCAGAGAAAGUAACCAGUACUGCUGGGUCUUCCAAGCCCAUCACAAAUGCUUCAAUAGAAAACACUGCUCUAUAUAACAGUCCAACUGCAUCAGGUACUAAUUACCUAAUAUCUUUGAGUAAAACAGGCAUGAUCAAUAACUGUCAUUCAUCCAGUGUCAUAGGAUCAAAGCCUGGCUCUACUAAGCCUCAUCUCUCCAAAUAUUUUGGAAGUGCUGAAAAUGAUACAAGAAAAUUCCCAGAUUCAAAUUUGAAAAGUUUUGGAAACUGCAGAAUAUCUGAAACUAGCACACCAGGUCACAUUUCUAAGCACCUCAGUAGUAAUCAAAGACAAGUGUCGAAUAUUACAACCUCAGGAUUCAGUAACACUGGCAGUCCCCAGAAGCCAAGUACAAUUGCUUCAGAAUCUAGUUCCAUACACUUUGGAAGCUCCAAAAAGACUGUGAUCAAUUUUCCAAGCCAUAAAAAUAUUGACAGCCCCUGGACAUCAGGGACAUUGGCUUCAGGAGCCAGGAAAAGAUCAUGGGAAGAGCAUAACUCGGAACAUUUCUUUAAUAACUUUCAGCAGACUAUUAAUGAAAUCACCACAACCACAGUAAAGAAGCAAGAGGAGAUCGGAAAUGCUGGUCUGUCUGCAGUCGGGGAUCAGGAAGCAAAUAGUCAACCAGUUCAGAUCACCAUCCACUGCCCUGUGUGUUGCAUCAAAGUACUAGAGUCCAAAAUAAAUGAGCAUUUAGACUCCUGUCUCAUGUGAUCUCCGAAGACUCUAAGCUCAGAGAGGCUUUUAAGGAAUAGUUCACCCAAAAAUGGAAACACGGACAUCAUUUACUCACCCUUCAAAUCUGUAACACAAAAGGUGAAUUUGUUUUAAGAAUAUCAUGGCCUUCUUUUCGAUAUAAUGACUGUCAAGCGCCAAAAUGAAGCAUUGUGAAAGUAUCCUUAAAGUAGUCUAUAUGAAUUGUGCGCUAAGUGCCAUGUCCUUUGGAAGUCAAAUGAUGGCUUUGUGAAAUGAACAGACUGAAAUUUAAGUAAUUAUUCACUGAAAAUCUUCCUCAUCCGCUGUAGCUUUUAAUUUUAAUAUGGUGCCACCAUGGAUUCUGAUGUGGCUCGUGACCAAAUGUCAUAGCCAUUUCCUUCAAAUGGUAUUAAUGUGCCAUUUUUCAUUUGAUGUUUGUAGCUGAGAGUGCAAGAUUUUCAGUGAAUAACAAAUUAAAUUUCAGUAUAUUCUUUAUAUAAAGUUAUUGGAUGACUUUAGAAGACUUAAAAUAUAACACACAAGUCAUAAGGACUACUUUAAUGAUGCUUUAAUUGUGUUGUUUUUUUGUGUUAUUUUUGAACUAGACAUAACCAGUCCCCUUUUACUUUCUUUGUGAUCUGGAUAUUCUUCUAAAAAUUACUUUUGAUGUUCCACAGAAUAAAAUUAUACAGGUUUCGAACAAAAUGAAGGUGAGAAAUGAUGACGGAAUAAAAAAAAAUUAUUGGAUCAACUAUUCCUUCAACAUGGGGCUCAACCUUUUUAGGCUCAAUCUUUUCUUGUAAAAGAUACAAGAAAAUCUGUCAUGGUGGUGUGUCCUUUUCAUUUCAAUGCAAUAACAAUGUGAGUCACACUUCUUAAAAUACAUUUUAAACUUGUUGCCACCCGAUGUCCCACCCAAAAUGACGAUUUCAACAAUUCAGGGAGUUUUCUCAAGUGCUUUUAUAAUGUUUCAGCUACUGACUUAUUCUAACUCAUUCUGUACUUGUAUAAGACUCGAGAGUAUUUGCAUCAUGGAAAGAAUGGUGGGUGUGGUCAGUGCUGGUUUGAUUGACAGCUUAGUUGAGCUGUCACUGUCCUUGUGUUUGUCCAUGUUCAUGUUUGAUUUAGCAGUACCGAAUUUUGCUUGCUGUUCAAUACAGUAUUUAGAUAUAGUUAGCUAUCUGCAGGAUCAGGCUUUCCAAGAACUGUUUCAUCUUGUUGUCAUUAAUAACAAUAACCUUUAUAACCUGGUACACUUAUAGGCUUGUUUGAACACAAAAUGUAUUUACCUAUGUAAGGAGAGCAGAAGACAGUGAUUGGUUUAGUGUUUGACAUGCUCCAGGCAUUGGUAAUAUCAUAUGCAAGCAAUUUUAGCAUGCACUACUGGUUUUGAUAAAGGCAAACAGUGCUGUUUAUAGGUGAUUUUCUGUUGGAUGAAUCAAGAACUGGCACGUUAUUGUUGAAAUGUUGGUUUAUUUUUGUCCUGAUGUUAAAAACUAUAGUUUCAUAAUUAUUUGCAUUUUAAAAUAAAUUGAGAAGUUUCUAGGUUUAUAAAAUGGUUAUAAAUAGUUGUUGUAUUUAUUACAAAAAUGUUCAUAUCUCGUUAUACCCUGUUAAAAAAUGCCUUGUUUAUUAAUGUUGUCUUUUAACACUGGUUGAAAUAAAUGUUUGUUGAAGUGUUUCUGUUGCCUUUUGCCAAUUUUAAACACUCAUUCUAUGUGAAUGUAACAUGGGUGGUGAAAGAUUUGAUUAAAUCUCUAUACAUAUGUAUUUUCCAUUAUAUCAUAACUUUUAAGAAUUGUAAACCAUAAGUGAUAGAUUUCUGUUAAUUGUUGGUGUGUUUACUGGCCGAUAUCUGUAAUCUCAAAAUAAACAAAUA